UUUCUUUAAGCAUGAGAUACGAUUUGUUGAUCUGUAAUCUUCUGCUUCUGGGACUGCCGCUCUGUUGGGCCGGGGCAACGGAGGAACAAAUGUGGGCCGCUGGCAAAUUGAUGCGGGACGUGUGUCUGCCCAAGUUUUCCAAGGUGAGUGUGGAAGUAGCCGAUUCCAUACACAAUGGCAAUAUCCCAGAUGACAAGGACUCCAAGUGUUAUAUCAACUGCAUUCUUGAGAUGAUGCAGACGAUCAAGAAGGGCAAAUUCCAGCUGGAGUCGGCAUUGAAGCAGGUGGAACUCCUACUGCCGGAUAAGUACAAGCCCAGUUAUCUGAAGGGUCUCGAUCAGUGCAAGGAUGCGACUUCGGGCAUUAAAAACAACUGCGAUGCGGGACAUGCGCUUCUUACCUGUCUACGAUCCAAGAUCAAUGUCUUUAUCUUUCCCUAGAAAGUUCAGGUUGCAGUUGUUGUUAUUCCAAUCCCCCCCCCCUCCCCCUCCCUUGUGUAAUUGCCUUCAGAUCCCCCCACAGUGUCCGACACGGUCACGUGCCAGUUGAGCAUUACGAAUAAUAAAAGAUUCGAUAUUCGAUAAGCGAUAAACGUGAACGAAUGCGAAUACGAAUAACGAA